UGAGUCACUGGACCCAAACCGUUGAAAUAUCCAAGUCUUCCUUUCUCUGUUUUUCUGUCUCACUCAAUCCUCACAAGAAGCGAUGUGUACUUGUCUACGGCCCGCCAUUAUCUACCCCAGCCCAAUUUCUUCUCUCCCUUUUUUUUUUGGUAUUCAACAGUAAUUCUCAGGUAUGAAGAAAUUUGGAAGUGGUAAGGAGAGGAGCUCUGAAAAGGCGAUAAGACCUGAGGCUCUGUCUCGGCCCUCUGUUUCCGACACCGCCAUAGUUUGUUCCAAGAGUCGUCAGAAAUCAGGGAAUCCUGUUAAGUAUGCUGCCAAAGCCGUUGCCGGAGUUAUUAUUGAUUGUUUUACGCCUCCAGAGGAUGAACAUCCCUCUAACUAUCGAAAACAGCGUAGUUUCCAGCAAUUAAAGUCAUCUUCGGUUUCAUCUGGUACGAGUGACAGCGAGAAGAAACAUGGUUCAGUUCGAUCAUUCAGUCUAAGUACGGAGAGUGACCUUGGAAAUGGCAAUUUUACCUUAUCACAAAUAUACAAGGCAACAAGGAACUUCUCUCCUUCCCUUAGGCUUGGUCAAGGAGGUUUUGGGACAGUCUAUAGAGGAACACUUGAUGAUGGCACCCUUGUUGCUGUUAAACGUGCCAAAAGGAACGAUCAUGGUAAACAUUUAGGAACAGAAUUCCAAACUGAGAUCCAAACACUAGCUCAGGUGGACCAUUUGAACUUGGUGAGGUGUUAUGGUUAUCUGGAGGAGAAAGAUGAGAGAAUCCUUGUUGUUGAGUAUGUUCCUAACGGAACUCUCAGAGAACAAUUGGACUGUAUGCGCGGUGAGGUUUUAAGUAUGGCUGCAAGACUUGACAUUGCAAUUGAUGUUGCUCAUGCUAUUACUUAUCUUCACAUGUACACAGAUAAUCCUAUCAUUCAUAGGGAUAUCAAAUCUUCAAACAUUCUUCUGACAGAACGUUGUAGAGCAAAGGUGGCCGACUUUGGCUUUGCCCGGCUAGCGGCCGACAGAGACUCCGGUUGCACACAUGUGUCUACUCAAGUUAAAGGCACUGCUGGGUACUUAGACCCAGAAUACCUUCAGACCUACCAACUCACUGAGAAGAGCGAUGUAUAUUCCUUUGGUGUAUUGUUGGUGGAACUGGUGACUGGAAGGCGUCCUAUUGAAAAUAAACGCAUGACGAAAGAGCGGAUUACAUUUAAAUGGGCCAUAAUGAAGUUCACAGAAGGAGAUGCAAGAUCAACGCUUGAUCCAAAACUAGAAGCAACCACAUCAAAUAUUACUGCAGUAGAAAAGAUUCUUGAACUGGCCUUAAUAUGCCUAGCUCCACAACGAAAGAACCGGCCAAUUAUGCUGAGAUGCGCAGAGAUACUCUGGAGCAUACGCAAGGACUUCAGAGAGCUAUCAGCUUCAGACACCUGCUCUCUCUCUCCCAGCAUGCGCAGAAGUGACUCGGUAGGAGAAGUCAUGCUUGCUACAUUAGUGCCUUGAUCAUAGAGCUGCAGAUUUGAAGUUCCACAAUCUCAUAUGACAAGCUACUUUAUUCUUAGAAUUUGAAGUACAUAUUUUUACCCCUGCUGAUAUUUUUGGUUGUUUAUGAAAGAUUAUGCACAUUAGUGUGUAAAACAGUAAAGAUGAAUUUCAUAAACGAGCUGUAUUGAUUAUUAUACCAUGUAAGUGUUAGUUACAUAAGUUUCAAAGGAUAAAAUCAUUUUUUUUCCGACCUAGAAAUUGUACAUGAGCAACUAGAGAAAGACAACUACCGUUACAAAGAUAAAAAUCUUUGAUUUUUCCUUCAAUAAAUAUAGAGUUUCUA